AUGUCCCUCCUUGGUCUAAUAAGCCCGCGGAGCCAGGGCAUACGGUACCUAUGGAACACGCGUUUCCACGACUUCUACGAAGAGUACGGGGCAGACACCAUCUCUAUUGUCCCGUGGUUAUCCAGUAAGCCGCAGAUCUUCAGCGCGGACCUGGAGGUGAUGCGCCAGCUCAUGUCGGGUGGGGUCAAGUCUCCGUGGUUCAGAUACCGGAGUUUCGUUUUGGAGGAGUGGGGCCAGAACCUAUUCACUUCCGAAAAGGAAGAGUGGCAGAAACACCGGAAGAUUCUGGCUCCCGCGUUCAAUAGCGAUAUGUACGCCGAUGUCUGGGACCAGGCCGUGCGGACGUACCAUGAUAUGGCUGAGCACGAGGGCUGGGCCUAUCAAGAGACUGUUGAAAUACCUGUUAUGCAGAAGAUCACGUCCAGGUUGGCCUUCAUCAUGAUCGUAGUUUGCGGGUUUGGGGUAGAGGCGUCCUGGUCGGACCCAACAACGACCAGCACCGGAGAUAUGACUUUUUCCGAGGCAUUGCGGAUCCUCGUGAAGCCCUCGAUCGCGGUGCUGUUCCCAAAGUGGAUGCGGUGGCUGCCCAUUAAAACGAUGCGCGAGUUCCGCAAGGCGCGGGUCAUGCUAGACCAGUAUAUGCGUGUGCAAGUGAACGAACGGCGGGCGCUCGUGAAGAGCCAGAUCGAGCUGAAAGAAGAGGGCAGCCGCGACAUAUUCAGCGUGCUCGUGCGCGCGAAUGAGGUCAACGCGCAGUCCGCUCACACCGAGAAGCUCAUCUUGUCUGACGACGAACUGAUCGCGAAUGUUUUCCUCAUGCUGUUUGCCGGGCACGAGACGACCGCCGAGACCCUUUCGGCGACAUUUGCGCUCCUCGCUGCCAACCAGGACGCACAAGAAGUGCUGUAUAAACAGAUUGUUGAAGUCGUUGGAACCGAUCGGGAUCCUACGCCCAGUGAAUAUCAUCAGCUUGACAAGGUGUUAAACGCGUUCUAUGAGGCAAGCCGCUUGUUCCCUGCAUCGUUUGCUGCAGGGCGCAUCCCGGUCGAGGACAGCCCGCUGGUCAUCCCUGACGCGCAUGGGUCGGGCAGGGACGCCCGGAUCGUCGUCCCCAAAGGCAUACUGGUUAUGGGGGAUGUACUAGGAGUCGCAUACAACCCGCGCUACUAUCCGGAGCCAGAGAAGUUCCUCCCCUCGCGCUGGGAGGGCAACGGCAAGACCGACAUGGUGACUUCCUUCGGCCUCGGGCCACGAGGCUGCAUCGGGAGACGGUUCGCGACGACGGAGGCAGUGGCGUUCCUCACAAUGUUGCUGCGCGACUGGAAGGCCGAGCCUCUGCUGAAGCCGGGCGAGAGCGUGGACGAGUGGACGAAGAGAGUCAUCGACGCGCGGUUCUUCUUUACACUCGGCAUACAGGACGUGCCUGUGCGGCUGACGCGUCGGGCGCGGGCGUGA